GUUUUUUUGAAAUGUAAGAAAAAUACUUAAAAUGUUUAAUUAUUUAAAAAUUUCAUUAGGAAACACUAAGUAAAUCGUUAGGAGCAAAGUGAAGUUUAUGCUUUUAUGUGUAGUGUUUAUGUCUUCAAAAAAGUAUUCAUUAAAAAUCAGUAAUCUAAGGAAAAAUAUUAAAAAAAUAAUUCAGUAAAGAAGAAAAAAAAAGAAAAAUUGUGAAAAAAAGAAAUGGCUUUAAGUAAUAAGACUGCCUUUUCUAAGAGGGCUGAACAAUUGAAACGAUAUGAAGAUUCGGAAACGAAUCGUGAACCGGUAGUGCCAAAGAAUCCAAAGGAUAGAAAAGUGAGAUUUUCAGCUGGAUGUAUAUUCUUAGCGGCUUGUGCUGCUGGCGAUAAAGAUGAAGUGCUUAAUAUGCUCAAUAGUGGAGGAGCUGAUAUCGAUACAGCGAAUGUCGAUGGAUUAACUGCUUUACAUCAAGCAUGCAUAGAAGAUAAUUUAGAUAUGGUAGAGUUUCUUGUAUCUCAUGGGGCAGAUGUUAAUAGAAAAGAUAAUGAAGGAUGGACACCGCUUCACGCAACUUCAUCUUGCGGGAUUGUUAGUAUAGCGAGAUAUUUAAUUGAAAAUGGUGCUGAUUUGGCAGCAGUAAAUAGUGAUGGCGAGCUGCCUAUUGAUAUUGCAGGAACAAAUGCCAUGGCAGAUUUACUUCAGCGUUAUAUUGACGAACAUGGAAUCGAUUGUGAUGAUGCACGACAACAGGAAGAGAAAACAAUGUUGUCUGACGCUAAGAAAUGGUUGAGAUCCGAUGCCAGCGAAGCUGAUAGACCACAUUCAAAAACUGGAGCAACUGCGCUGCAUGUCGCAGCUGCAAAAGGAUAUACUAAAGUUUUAAGUCUUUUGUUGGCUGGAAGAGCGAAUGUAGAUCGUCAAGAUAAUGAUGGAUGGACACCACUUCAUGCGGCUUGUUAUUGGGGUAAAAAAGAGGCUGCACAAAUGCUCAUUGCAUCAAUGGCAGAUCUAGAUAUUCAAAAUUAUUCAAAUCAAACCUGCAUAGAUAUUGCGCCUAAAGAUAUGGUUUCAUGGCUUGAGGAACUUAGAAAGAACAAUAAACGUACAAAACGACGACCGAUCAGCCAAAUUAGGAUAAGUGACAAUAAUUUAGAAAACAAUAUCGAAUCGCCACCAAAAGUUAUUCGCGUUGAACUUAAAUCACCCAUUGAACCCGAACAAACUACUAAUACAGGAGAGCAAAAUAAAACGAAUAAUAAUAAUAAAACAGAAACUGUUCGAGAACAGAUACAGUCGACUGUACCAAAAGUAAAUGAUUCCAAUAGUGAGAUAGGACGAACAAAUGCUCAAGACGAAAAUACACAGAAAACUCAAGUUCCUGAAAAAGAAAACCAAACAAAUGAUUCUGAAGUGAUUUUACGACGAACACAAAGUUUCGAAAAUGACGAGAAAUUUUAUCAAAAAUACAUCGAGCUUCGAGCGCGAAUUAAAGCAAAUUCAUGUCCAGCAUUGCCUGCUACUAAAUUAGUUAACGCAAAGGAUGAUAGUGAUAAGGAAAGUACCACAAAGCCUAUAACAAAUUUUCUUAUACAACGUUCAGCAUCGCUCAAAGAUCAUAGAAGUCAAUUAAGUAAAAAAGCCAAUGAGAAAACGCCACCGACCAGUCCGUCAACAACUCCUUCAACGCCAGCAUUAACUCCAUCAUCAGUACAUUUGAGAAGUUAUGAGAAGCCAACGCCAAAACAAGAGUCAGCUGUAGGUGCAUUGAUGACAGCAAAUCAAAAUAUAAUUGAUCUGAUCGCACGACGAUAUAGUUCACCAGCGGAAUCUUUGAAUAAUAUAGCAAACACGGUUAAUACGAGCGCAUCAAAAGUGCGAAAAAAUUCAGCCACAGAUGUUGCAAUUAAAAUUCCUGAAAAAACAGAAAAAUCCGUGUCUGAAGAAACUCAGAUACAAAUACCAAAUCAAUCGUCAAGUCCAACAAGUCCGUCGUCGACAAUGCUUAAUAAAUUGUCGCCCGGAAAUAUUUUCAAAAACAUUUUCAAAUCGUUCGUUCCACCAACAAGAGAUGAAGAGAGUGAGACACAACGAAAGGCGCACGCAAAGCGAGUCCGUGAAACAAGAAGAUCAACUCAAGGUGUGACUUUAGAUGAGAUAAAGAGUGCAGAGCAAUUAGUUAAAUUGAAAAAUGCCAGUAACAGUAAUGGAAACACGGAGAAUGCUAGUAGUGAGCUUAAUGAACGCUUAUCAGAGUCAACAGCACCGGCAGCAACUGAAGAUUCGUCGGUUAGUGACAAAACGGAAGUAAAUGUAAAUUAUACAAUUAGUUCACCACUUCGAAAAACAUUGCGACAAAGUAGUGAAAAGGAUGAAGACGGGAAUGAGCCAAAAAUAUCUGCUACAUUUACAAUUGCACCACCGCCACGAUCAAAUACUAGUUCCAUAAGUAGUUUGGCAAGUCGUUUGGAAAAAGGGCUAAGCAUUGAAACAUCAACAGCUAAUUCCGUUACAGCAACAAUUAAUGUGCCUCUUAUAUCGUCAUCAAAAACCACAUCCUCAACGAAUAGCAAUAGUGAUAUGGAUGCUAAUAAAAAGACUGAUCAAAGUCCUCCAAUACCGACUCCCAGAUCUUUAUUUGAUAUUGAUAAUGCAUCGUCCCUAAAAUUGGCUGAUAAAUUGCAGCAAGAAGCUAGGAAAUAUGAUGUGAAUGCAAUUGACGAGUCAUUGACUACAAAAACAACGACAAAUGAGCCUUUAAAUUACUUAAAUGAACCUCUUCCGCCCUCUCCAAUACAUCAUACGAUUUUCGGUGAACGAAGGCCUUCUUGGAGAUUAAAAAAUGACUAUAAUAAUAAGUUCAAAUUGGAAGAUUCUUCACAGUCAUCGACAUCAUCAACGAAAGGAAAUAAUUCAACCGCACCGCACAUAUCUUCAACAACAAAUGGUGUAACACAAGAUCCAAUUAAAACAACAGUUAUAUCCGCAGUCCCGAGAGAACAAACCUCAACAGAGAAUAAAAAUUCGAAUGAAACAACAUCAACAACGGGAGCAGUCACAACCACUUUACCAUCAAAAGAACCACAAAUUACAUCGAAUCGAUCGGACGAUGACAAAGAAAAUGACAAAGAAAAUGAUAACAGAGGUGGACUUUCGGCACAAGCAGCAAUCCAGAGAAGAAGACGUCCAAAAAGAAGAUCCACUGGAGUCGUUCAUGUCGAUAUGGAGGAAAUUGAUCAGGAAUAUCGUCACGAAGUGCCAGCGGAUAAUGAUGAAUGUAAAAAUUUGUCUGGCAACGAAUCUCGCUCUCGUGCUGAGUCAUUAGUGUCGAAUUCUCUCGUUGAUACAAACGAUGAUGGAGAAUUUAUUGAUUAUAAGGCUCUCUACGAGGCUGCUAAAGCUGAAAAUGAUCAAUUAAGAUCGUCGCUAAAAAGUAAAGAGCAUGAUUUGGCAGCCGCAAAAUCGGCGUUGGAAAGACUCACAGCAGCUGCAACCAAAAGUUCAUUAUCUGAAAAUGAGAAGCGUGAGAAGCGAGCGAUGGAACGAAAGAUUUCCGAAAUGGAAGAGGAACUUAAGCUAUUGAACAAAUACAAGCAAGAAAAUGAACGUUUACGUGCAGAAAAUCGAGCACUUACACGUGUAGUAUCAAAAUUGACAACAUCAGCUCAAAAUCAACUGCUCAACAAGCAAUAAAAAUGUUGUAGUGAAUGAGAGGAUUAAAUCAUUUGGAAAAUUACUCAAUGCAAAUUUUGAUUAAUUAAUUACAUUACUUUUUUUUUUGUUAAAUUUAAACCUGUGUGUACUCUCCUAAUUUUUUGAUCGAAUAUGGAAAACAGCAUAAACAUUUAACGCCGAAACAUUUUCCCACGGUUAUCAGAUUUCAUUAAUGUUAUGAAAAACGAAGAACUAUCAGUAGUUAACUUAAGGAUAUUUUUUUUGUGUUACUGAAUAGUUAGACAAAACAUACACACAUGUAGAUGCCAAUUUGAGAGAGACUAUCGUUUGUUUUGUGCUUAUGGAUACACUUAAAACAGAAAAUCAACGUCUCAAAGAUGAAAAUGGCGCUCUGAUUAGAGUCAUUAGUAAAUUAAGUAAAUGAUGAAAAAAGAACCUUUUAAAAUGAAGAGUUAAGCACACAUUUUUUUGUCAUUAAAAAGUGAAAAUAUGAUGAAUGCCUUGAUUUUUUAUGAAAAAAAAAGAUGCAGCAUUAAAUGUAAUUGAUAGUUUCCUUACAAACUCAAUGUAUAUAGGACGAUAAAUAAGAGAACGAUUCAUUCAUGCAGAUAUAAAACAAAUAAUUCAACAUUAACGAAUAAAUUUUUUGAUAUUUUUAAAAAAUUAUUAAAUUUAAAAAAAAAAUCGAAAAAAGUUUCUGACAGCGAAGAAAGUUCUUUUGUCGAAUAUUUUAGUCCACAGCCUUAAAACACAUUUUUUUCGUCGUUAUGUAAAUGUAAAUUAUUUCAAGUCAUUCAGUAUGGAACGUCCUGUAUAAAUUUUCUUUUUGUCUAAUGCUUAAUUGCAUUUUUUUCUACUUCUUUCAACGUUAAAUUGUUUUUUAACCAAUGUAUUAACAUCCUGCCUUUAAAUUUACUUGUUUCCCAAUUUCUAUUUCUUUUUUCCUUUUUUAUUUACUUUUAAUAAACAUUUUUUUUUUCUACUUGUUAUUCGAUUUAUUUCAACUUUAUUCGAACCUUUAAGUUAUUCAUUCAUUUCCUAGUUAUUGAAGCAUUAUUUUUUGUUUUGAAAUUUUUAAAAAUUUAAAAUUAUGAAUAUUAUGGAUAUGAUGGAUGAGAUGAUUCAUUUCAUUAGAGUGUAUUGAUGUUUUGAUAUUAGAGUUGGUGAGUAAUUGGUCGAAUGUAUCUAGUAUCAAUGAUUUACUGAUUGUUGAACAUUAAGAAUAGGCGAAGUCAACUACUACUCACUUGAAUUAUGUGAGCAUAACUUUUUUGGAAUCAAGAGUACCCUUGAAAUUCAAGAAGGCAAAUUUUGUGCCUUAAUUCUAAUAAGUUUUUUAAAUCACUGCUCUAAAUGGAUUAGAGAUUGUCACAAUCUCAAGCCAUUUUAAUCGCAUAUUUUGAGAAUCAAAGAUCGAUUUAAUGAAAUGCAUCAAAUCUACUCCUAUCAUUUCAUACACAUACACGUUAAUGCUAUUAAAAAUUUUGUAAAGUAAGAUCUUUGUGAUAGAAACAAAAACAUAAAAAAGAAAAAAAAUCAAAAAAUGCCAAAAUCUUCAUUUUUGUAAAUUAAAUGAAUUACGAUUAUCAUAAAUGCUAUAAAAAGCUUCUUUUACAUGUGAGUGCAUUUUUUUACCCAAUAAACUUUCCUUUAAUAUUUGAUUGUCAUUAGUUAUGAUUAUUACUAUUAGUUAUUUUAUUGUCAUGAAUAAUAUUAUCAUUAUUAUAACUACAACUACAUAAAUUAAACACUUUGAAAAUCCGAAAUCAUUAUUUUACAUAAAUGAAGCAAAUCGAACAAAAAAUGCGCGCGAAUCAUUUGUGAGCUAACAAUCGUGUAUGAUUGAUUGAUUGAUUAAGAGAGUUUGUUCUAGUACGAAUAUUAUUAUAUGAUAAAUUAAAAAUUAGACGGGAUUAAUUUGCUCGUCAAUCCCUCCAUAAUGCUACUUCCUAUUCAUGAAAUUAAAUAUUUACAACAAAAUUUGUAAUUUAAUAGUUUUUGAAUGAAAUCAAAAUGAACUCUUUUUGGACAUUUCAUGAGUAUUAAAUGAGGAGAAAUAAACUUCAAAUGUUUAAAAAUAAAAUCAAUGAAAAAUUUGAC